AUGAUUGGAUGCUUUAAAAACUUUAAAUCUUUAUCGCAGGAUGACAAAAAAUUAAUAUUUAAUAUUUAUAAAAUUUCCGGUUUUACUUUUUCACAUUAGUGUACACUAUAAUUUGAUAUAAUUAAUAAUUUCACUAUUUUAAUUCAUUUGUUAUACUUAUUUUUCCUUUCGCGUUCAGUUACCGUUGAACAAUGUUUAGUGUUUACUAAUAAUAACACUUUAAUUUUCAUAAAAAAAGAAAAUAAAAAAGAAAUAAUAAAUAUGUUCGGUUUAUGGGUAAUUUUUUCUUUUUAGUAAUUUCAGAAGUAUAGAAACGUUCUAUGACAUAUAGUAUAAAAUUUUCCCCACAAUCAUCGAUUUCUGUUUCGUUUAUCAUGAUGAAUGGCGGAAGUUUUUAUUUGUUUAUCCGAAAUCGGAAAUCGGAGAGAACAAGAGUUUCAUUAAUUAUCUAUCUUGGGGAAAGCGUUCACGUGAUUUCUUUUAUUAAUAAAAGUACAAUAAUUGUUAUUUCUCCUUGUUUUAUUGUCCUUACUUCUUAUUUUGAUUUAUUUAUUUUCUUUGUCUCAUUACUUUAAAAGUUCUCUUUCUUUUCUUUUCCUAUUUUUGAAAUAUUUUAAUAUUAAUCUAUUUUUGAUAACGUAGAUUGAUAAUUAUAACAGUAG